UAGGCACUUUUUUGCGAACCCAUACACUCAAAAUUCAGACACUUCCUAAAGUAAAAAUAAAAAAAAUUAGUAAUUAAAAUUAAGUAAAUGUCCCGACGCUCGACUUCCAUUUCGUUAGGCAGGGAGUCCGCCAAGGGGCGGGAGGAGAAGGAGGAGAAGCAGCGCAUAGCCCACCUGGAGGGCAUCAUCCAGCAGCUGAGGAGCCUGGCGGCGAGCGGUCGCCGGGUCGGGAAUCUCACGGAGGCCACCUUGAUCUACGUCUGCAAUGCGUCCAGAGCCCUCUUCCUGGCCCAGCCGAUGCUCCUGGAGCUGAGGGCGCCGGUGAAGAUAUGCGGCGACCUGCACGGCCAGUUCCGGGACCUGCUGAGGAUCUUCCAGCAGUGCGGCUUCCCGCCCACGGCCAACUACCUGUUCCUGGGCGACUACGUGGACCGGGGCGAGAACUCCAUAGAGACCCUGACCCUGCUGCUGGCCUACAAGCUGCGCUACCCGGAGACCUUCUUCCUGCUGAGGGGCAACCACGAGUCCGCGGACGUCAACCGGGUCUACGGGUUCUUCGACGAGUGCAAGCGCCGCUACACCAUCAAGUUGUGGAGGGCCUUCGUCGACUGCUACGACUGCAUGCCGGUGGCGGCCGUCGUGGCGGAUCGCAUGUUCUGCGUGCACGGCGGCCUGAGCCCGGACCUGAAGAACCUGGACGACAUCCGGAGGAUCAAGCGGCCCACCGAGGUGCCCAGCGACGGCCUGCUCUGCGACCUGCUCUGGUCGGAUCCGGACGAGCAUGUCGGGGCUUGGGCGGCGAACGAUCGGGGCGUCAGCUUCACCUUCGGCCCGAUGAUCGUCGAGGGCUUCCUGGCGCAGAACAACUUCAACCUGAUCGUCCGCGCCCACCAGGUGGUGGAGGACGGCUACGAGUUCUUCGCGAACCGCCAGCUGGUGACCAUUUUCUCGGCGCCCAACUACUGCAACAUCUUCGACAACAGCGCGGCGGUCCUGGUGGUGGAUCCCAACCUUGUCUGCCACUUCGUCAUCAUCCGGCCGCGUCCCGCGGUCCGGGGGGUGGCCUAUGAGACGGACAGUGGCGCUGGGACCACGCCCCCGACCACGUCUUCCACGCCGCCCCCCGCGGCCCGGGAGCGGAAGGUGUUCUGAGAGGGGGAGUGUGUGUCCUGUGGGAGUGUGAAAAGUGUGUGAAAUAUUCGAAUAAAGCUGAUAAUCGCUUCAGAGCCAAACAUUCAA